AUGGCGUUCACAUGGCUGUCGGUGGUUGUUUGGGCAGUCCUGCUGCUCCUGCCGGCGUCAGGCGUCGCUGAUGACACGGUCACCGUGGGGGACACCUAUCUCGUUAUCACUUAUGUGGGUGGGACACAAACGCGAGAGCACUGGCCACUCUCCGUCUACUGCCCCCAGGUGCCGGCCGUUGCUCUGGCUGUGGACCUCUACGCUGCUUUUGAUCAGAAUGAGCAAUGCCGCACCCCACGGCAUGCUCUUCCUAGUGAGACUGCCAUGUACGCCCGGCGCCUUCCUCAGUGUAGUGGGGACACGCUUGUGGAGAUGGCGGAGCGAGCCAAGGCUGCGGCCUUGAUUGUGGCUGGGUUUGUGGACGACGCUGGCAAUGUUGACGUUGACUUUGACACCACGCCCACACUUUCCGUGGUGUACCUGGAUCCUGAAACAGCCGCACGAGUUGAUGAGUUGUUGUGGGACUCGAGCAUCCGCGAUAUCCAGCUCAUUGUGAAACCUAGUGAAUCCAAUGACGGUGGGGUCGCCACAAGUCAAGCCGCUUACUUUGGUCGAGUGGCCAUCUUCGUGGUGAUGUGUGGUAUCAUGAUCACAACCAUCUCCAUCUACAUGCACGGAUAUUUCCUCCGGCGUCGUAUCCAGGGCGAUGCCUCAAGGGUUGCCUACUGCAUAAUUGGCAAUAGGAGCAACAACUACAGGCGCGCCGGGCUCAACAACUCCGCGAGGCCGCUGGAGCUGAUAUCAGCCAGGCAAGUCCAUGAGCGUGUGGCCGCCAUUUUGGACGCCAUUCCCCAAUAUGUGUAUGGGCAUGAGAAGCAAGUCUUUUCUGCCCACGCAGACGAAAGUCAUCGUGAGGCAGACGGGACAGCUUGUGCCGUCUGUUUAGAUGACCUCGAGCCCGGCGUCAUGAUUCGCCAGCUUCCUUGCCAGCAUUUGUUUCACAAGGACUGCAUCGAUCCGUGGUUGGAAGCCCACUACACCUGUCCCCUAUGCAAGUUUAAUGUGGUUCGCGAUAAGCUGGGGGUGCCUCAAGCCAGUCCGUCUCAGGACCGAUGUGGACGCCCCUUCUUCCGCACCCGCCUUGUCUCUCUCUCUCUCUCUCUCUUUGUGGCUCUGUCUCUGUCUCUGUCUCUGUCUCUCUCUGUCUCUGUCUCUCUCUCUGUCUGUCUCUCUCUCUCUCUCUCUCUCUCUCUCUCUGUACUCUGUCUGGCCAACGUGGCCGCCGCCCAGCAGGGAUGCCGUCGUGCCUCCAACAAGGCCGGCUCUGGUAACCGUGUCGUCCUUGUCGAGGGCGUGCGCACGCCCUUUUUGAUGUCCGGCACUGACUACAAUGACAUGCUUUCCCACGAUCUUGCCCGUGAAGCCCUCAAGUCUCUUGUCAAGCGCACUGGCAUUGACAAGAGCCAGGUUGACCACAUUUGCAUGGGUACCGUCAUCCAGGAG